UUUUCAAGAACACUAAGAAGAAUAAGUAAAACAAAGAAACAAAAAAAUAAAAUAAAAAAGAAACAAAAUGGGGGUAGUGUUGAAGAUAGUUGAUGCGAUAUUGCUGAUGAACUAUGUGAUAAUGGCGUUCGGAACGCCAUUGAUCGAUUCGCAAACAUGUUUGCCGGCGGAAAUGUUCCCGGAGGUAUUGAUAAAGCUGAGGGGUUGGUACACUCAAGGAUGCGGGGACUUUCUUUACGACGAGAAGCCGACUUUCUUCAUGGCUAUGGUUUGGACGGAGAUGAUAUUUCAUUGGCCUCUAGUUCUUAUGAAUAUCUAUGGAAUGUUGAAUGCUAAGCCUUGGUUUAAAACUACUUGCUUGAUCUAUGGCACCUCCAUCGCCACUUCCAUGGUUCCUAUAUUAGCGGUAGUGUUGGGUUCAGGGAGGGCAUCAACCGAGCUGCUGUGGAACUACUACCCUUAUAUGGCUAUGGCUAUACUUGGAAUGGUGCGUGGCCUCUUGCCUACUAAGACUGCUCCGGCUACAGCCAACGGUCCUGCUUCUUCCAUUAAAAAGAAAGCUUGAUUUUCCGGAUUAGUCAAGGCGAAGUCUUGGAAAUUGGAUGGGCGCGCUUACCACAAAAAAGAAAGAAAGCUUGAUUUUCCGGACCCUCAACCUUCAAUUCUGUCCCGUCUUUUUUAAUUGUACAUAGUUUUUAUGUCUAAAUUGAUUUUAUUUGAUGCCAAUGUUAUUUAUCGUUAUCUAA